AUGUUGCCCCGUAGCGUAGUAAGAUUGCCCCCCUUGCCCACUGUAAGGGACUUAGUUAAGUUAUAUAGACUCACGGCUAUUAAGCAACUGUCGCAAAACUUUCUAAUGGACGAGCGCAUAACUGAUCGGCUAGUAAGGGCGGCUGGAAACAUCAGAGGCCAUCAUGUGUGCGAGGUGGGGCCGGGGCCUGGAAGCAUCACCCGUUCCAUCUUAAAAAAACAGCCCCAGCAUUUGCUUGUCGUAGAAAAGGAUCCCCGAUUUUUACCCUCGCUGGAACUGUUGAAGGAAACCUGCAAGGAUAUUUCGAACAUGCACAUCGAAAUCGGGGACAUCAUGAACUUUAAUUUGGAAAAGGGACUGGAAGGGAUUGUGAAAAGGGACUGGGACUAUGCCACGCCCCCAUUACAUCUGAUCGGCAACCUUCCAUUCCAUGUCUCCACGCACUUGAUCAUCCGCUGGUUGCAGGCAAUCUCUGAAAAAUCCUCAGCCUGGAGUUAUGGCAGAACCCCGAUGACACUGACCUUUCAGAAAGAAGUCGGCGAGCGAAUCGUGGCCCCAAUGGGCCACAAGCAGCGCUGCAGGUUAUCGGUAAUGUGCCAGUUUUGGUGCAAUGUCGAGUACAAAUUCACCAUACCUGGUACCGCUUUCGUCCCCAAACCUGAUGUUGACGUCGCCGUCGUAACUCUCACCCCAUUGCGGGUGCCCUUGAUCGACAUGCCAUUUCACAUGGUGGAGAAAGUGCUCAGAACUGUCUUUCACAUGCGGCAGAAGUACUGCCGGAAAGGCAUCGGGCGAUUGUUUCCAAAGUGCGUCAACGACGAACUCACUCAGAAACUGUUGGUUUUGGCCGAAAUCAACCCUACCGCAAAGUCUUUUGAGCUGAGCAAUGAAGACUUCGUGCGCAUUUGCUAUGCCUACAAGAUGCUAUGCGAUGAAAAUCCAGGCCUAGCCGAGUUUGAUCAUAGAAUGCCCAAAGUUCUGAGGCCUGAUUAUGAGGAGAAUUUCUACAGCACAUGGCAAGCCUCUGCCGUUAGCUAAGGAGCGUUUUUUUUAAUUUUUGCUGUUACCUAAUGGUUUUGUAGUUAAACAAUAAAUAACGUUUAAUAAAUUUGCCUUUUCAUCAAAAGCUCAAUUAUUUCGUUUAAAAGUGAAACGACGGAAUUAAUUUUAACUGACGAUUUGGUUUUAAGUUCAAGAAACUCUCAAUCUAUAGCAGUUUGCUCUUAACUCGUAUAGUAAUUAGAACACAACCGUCUAGGUAUACGGCAGGUCCUGUCAGUUCUAUCGAUUGCGAUUAUCGAUUGAUUCGAACCAAUCAAAUAAGUCUUCCGGUUUGUUGUUAUCGAACGUAUCGUUGACAAGUUCUACAAAUGAGUUAAGACGAUUUAAGAUGUAUUCUCUCGAUCGACCACCUGACGAACUGCCAUUACACAUUGUCUACCGUUUGGGAGUGUAAAUAUAUGUUUUUAUAGUA